AUGGACGUUCCCCUCCGCCAGCAACAAAGCGGCAUCGAUCCCGUCCGCAUCGUAUACAGCCAACACCCUCAGGGCGCGCAAACUCGCACCAUCUCUAGCCUCUUCAUUCACAACGCCCUAGACAUCUCGACCUCAUAUGCUGGCAUCCAAGACCGGGCCCAAAUCUCUAACUACUUCACAGGCCAAUCCGCAUCUGGCGGCGUGUUUGGAGAAGACAAAUCCUUCCUCUUCUACCUCUCCCAGCGCGCACAUCCCGACAUUGCCCUCAAUGUCGGGCUGGGCAUUCCACAACCCAUUCGCGUCCUCAUGGAACCACUCGAGGCCUGCCAGCUUGAUAACGGCCUUACCGACCACCCCUCGCCUUUUUUUCGCAUACCCACACCACUCUUCUUGCCAGCCCUCAACAUCACCACGCAAUGGCACCAACCCCCCGCCAACCUUCCACGUCGUCCCAAUGACCGCCCAAUCUGGGACUACCUUACCCCAGCCCUUGGUACGACCCUCAUCUCCAUCAACAGGCUACACACAAUCAAGGUCCGCUGGGUGGGGGACAUCACCAACGACAAGGGCACCAUGCUGCAAAGCCUUUGGCUGGACCACUCCAACAGUUUGUUCCCAUUUGGGAUGCCAUCCCCAUAA